GCAAGUGAAUCUAUUAGGAAGGUGUAUGAUCAGAAGUGUGAUCAACUUAGGAAUCAGUUUGCAAAGGAUUGUAGCAGUCAAGUUAUUGAUAAAACCCGGGCAGUUGUAAAGGAUCUUCAUUCACGAAUAAGAGUGGCAAUUCACGCUGUUGAAUCAAUAUCAAAGCGGAUUGAGAAAAUGAGAGAUGAAGAAUUGCAUCCACAACUUUUAGAACUUACUCAGGGAUUGACCAGAAUGUGGAAGGCCAUGCUUGAAUGCCACCAUGCGCAGUAUAUUACCAUCUCAUUGGCAUAUCAUUCGAAGAGCUCAACAGUAACUUCCCAAGGAGAUUCCCGCAGGCUGAUCAUGGCCCAACUUUUGGAUGAGAUUGAAUGUUUUGGCCUAAGCUUUGCAAACUGGAUCAACAGCCAUACGUCAUAUGUUGAAGCUCUCAAUGGUUGGCUACAUAACUGCAUCAUGCAACCAAGGGAGCGUUCCAAAAGCAGAAGGCCAUUUUCCCCUCGUCGAGUUGUGGCCCCACCUAUAUUUGUUCUCUUUCGAGAUUGGGCAGCCGGGAUCCAAGCAUUGCCGUCUAAUGAACUUACUGAUGCAAUCAGAACCUUCUUAUCAGAUCUGCGUCAUUUGAUGGCACAACAAGCAGAUGCACAGAAAAACCAGAGGACAGCUGAUGCAAACAACGGAGAAUCAGAGAACAAAGAUGACGAGAACAGCGAAGAAUCAUCUCCAAACCUGAGCUGCAUACAUUCGAGCUUGACAAAGGUUCUGGAUAGACUGACUAAAUUUUCCGAGGAAUCAUUAAAGAUGUAUGAAGAUAUCAGACAGAAAAGUGAAGCAGCUCGAAUUGCAUAUCUAAACUGCGGGCCCAUUAGAUAUCAGACAGAAAAGUGAAUCAGCUCGAAUUGCAUAUCUAAACUGCAGGCCCAUUAGAUACUAAGUUUAUGUAAUUAUUACAUAUAAGCAUCUCAUAAGUUUGUGAUUGGAUACAGGUGUGUAAAGUUGAAUUAUUGCAAAGAGCUUUUGGGUAGGAAAAGUGCAAAUUUUUGGGCAAGUGCAUACGAUUUUAGAACUGAAAUAGGAAGAGUUUUCUGCCAGAACUUA